GGUCAGCGCAGGCAAGCGGAGCUUGGGGCUCCGGGAACAGACGGGAAGACGACGGGACAGAAAAUCUGCGCCCCCGAACAAACAGUGAAAAUACAGCACACCCGCACCAGACACCACAGCCAGAGCGACACAUAAGCCCGCGGACUGGAGCGAGGGCGUGGUCGCAGGUUAGUUUUAGGGAGUUUUCGGGGUGUUCCUUCAUAUUUUUUCCCCGUGUUUGUCACAGAGGGAGGAGGUGGAACGCACCGCCGCCAUCUUUGGGACCUGCCUGUGACUGAAAAGCGAGCUUCUGGGCCACGGCUGGCCUUGGGGAAGAGUUUCGUACCGUUCAGCGACGACGGUUCGAUCUGACAGCAUUAAACACCACGGCAACGUCGCAAAAUCUUCCGGGGAGCAGGGGGGAUAGACAGAAACGAGAGUAAAAAGGCGAAUCUCGGCUCCACUCUCUUCCUCCCCCCGAACUGGCUGAGCCCUAGCUACUCCUUGGAUACGGUAUUCGCUCCUGUUCCUUUUAAACCUGGCCUGUCGGACGGGUGCCCAUGCGUACAAGGCCACCUUCCUGCAGAUGAGCCAUCGGCGGGGGCUGUCGCAGCGCAGUCGCAGGCCCAGAUAGUCCCCGGCGACCGCGGCGGCGCCCCCCCCCCCUUCCUCCUCCUCCCCCCCUCCCAUCAUGCCCUCCACCAGCCGGGCGGGGAGCCUGAAGGACCCCGAGAUCGCCGAGCUCUUCUUCAAGGAGGACCCCGAGAAGCUCUUCUCCGACCUGCGCGAGAUCGGACAUGGCAGCUUCGGGGCCGUGUACUUCGCACGGGACGUGCGAACCACCGAAGUGGUGGCCAUUAAGAAGAUGUCCUACAGCGGGAAACAGUCCAACGAGAAAUGGCAGGACAUAAUCAAAGAAGUGAAGUUCCUGCAGAGAAUACAGCACCCCAACAGCAUAGAGUACAAAGGAUGCUACUUACGCGAACACACAGCCUGGCUGGUCAUGGAGUACUGUCUGGGUUCUGCCUCUGACCUGCUGGAAGUUCAUAAAAAGCCCCUCCAGGAAAUGGAAAUAGCAGCGAUUACCCACGGUGCAUUGCAGGGAUUAGCCUACCUUCAUUCCCACAACAUGAUUCACAGAGAUAUCAAAGCUGGGAAUAUCCUGUUGACGGAGCCCGGACAGGUGAAGCUGGCGGAUUUUGGCUCCGCCUCCAUCGCCUCUCCAGCCAACUCCUUUGUGGGGACGCCAUAUUGGAUGGCCCCAGAGGUGAUCCUGGCUAUGGAUGAGGGUCAGUACGAUGGCAAGGUGGAUGUCUGGUCUCUGGGAAUUACCUGCAUUGAAUUAGCGGAGAGGAAGCCUCCACUGUUCAAUAUGAAUGCGAUGAGUGCCUUAUACCAUAUAGCGCAGAAUGAGAGCCCCACUUUGCAGUCAAGUGAAUGGACGGACUACUUUAGGAACUUUGUCGAUUCUUGCCUUCAGAAACUCCCCCAGGACAGGCCGGACUCAGAGGACCUGCUGAAGCAUGCCUUUGUCCAGCGGGAGCGGCCUGAGUCAGUGUUGGUGGACCUGAUCUUGCGGACGAAGGAUGCGGUGCGCGAGCUGGACAACCUGCAGUACCGCAAGAUGAAGAAGAUUCUGUUCCAGGAGGCGCACAACGGGCCUGCCGCUGAGGCCCCCGACGGAGACGAGGAGCCGGAGCACAGCGCGGGCCGCACAGGCACAGUGAGCAGCGUGGGCAGCAACCAGUCCAUCCCCAGCAUGUCCAUCAGCGCCAGCUCCCAGAGCAGCUCCGUCAACAGCCUGCCCGACGCCGCCGACGACAAGAGCGAGCUGGACAUGAUGGAGGGCGACCACACCGUCAUGUCCAACAGCUCCGUCAUUCAUCUCAAGCCUGAGGAGGAGGAGAGUUACCAGGACGACCCUGACCCCCGCAGCAGACCCUCAGAGCCUCAGUCUCCACCAGCACAGACGCCCCGGCAGAAACCCCACUACCGCAACCGAGAGCACUUUGCCACCAUCCGCACAGCUUCACUGGUGACGCGUCAGAUGCAGGAGCAUGAGCAGGACUCGGAGCUGCGGGAGCAGAUGUCCGGCUACAAGCGCAUGCGGCGGCAGCACCAGAAGCACCUGAUGGCCCUGGAGAACAAGCUGAAGGCCGAGAUGGAUGAGCACCGGCUGCGUCUGGACAAGGAGCUGGAGACCCAGAGGAACAGCUUCGCCGCCGAGAUGGAGAAGCUGGUCAAGAAACACCAGGCCACCAUGGAGAAAGAUGCGAAGACCUUCGCCAACGAUGAGAAGAAGUUCCAGCAGCACAUCCAGGUUCAGCAGAAGAAGGAGCUCAGCAGCUUCCUGGAGUCGCAGAAACGAGAGUACAAACUGCGCAAGGAGCAGCUCAAAGAGGAGCUGAACGAGAACCAGUCGACGCCGAAGAAGGAGAAGCAGGAGUGGCUGUCGAAGCAGAAGGAGAACUUCCAGCACUUCCAGGCGGAGGAGGAGGCCAACCUGCUGCGCAGACAGCGGCAGUACCUGGAGCUGGAGUGCCGGCGCUUCAAGAGGCGCAUCCUCAUCGCCCGGCACAACGUGGAGCAGGACCUGGUGCGCGAGGAGCUGAACAAGCGGCAGACGCAGAAGGACCUGGAGCACGCCAUGCUGCUGCGGCACCACGAAUCCAUGCAGGAGCUGGAGUUCCGGCAGCUCAGCACCAUCCAGAAGAUGCGGGCGGAGCUGAUCCGCCUGCAGCACCAGACCGAGCUCACCAACCAGCUGGAGUACAACAAGAGACGGGAGAGGGAGCUGAGGCGUAAGCACGUCAUGGAGGUGCGGCAGCAGCCCAAGAGCCUCAAGUCCAAAGAGCUGCAGAUCAAGAAGCAGUUCCAGGACACGUGCAAGAUCCAGACCCGCCAGUACAAGGCUCUGCGGAACCACCUGCUGGAGACCACCCCGAAGUCGGACCACAAGGCGGUUCUGAAGAGGCUGAAGGAGGAGCAGACCCGCAAGCUGGCCAUCCUGGCCGAGCAGUAUGACCACUCCAUCAACGAGAUGCUCUCCACACAGGCUCUGCGCCUGGAUGAGGCCCAGGAGGCGGAGUGUCAGGUUCUGAAGAUGCAGCUGCAGCAGGAGCUGGAGCUGCUCAAUGCCUACCAGAGCAAGAUAAAGAUGCAGACGGACGCGCAGCACGACCGCGAGCGGAGGGAGCUGGAGCAGAGGGUGUCCCUGCGGAGGGCCCUGCUCGAGCAGAAGAUCGAGGAGGAGAUGCUGGCCCUGCAGAACGAGCGCUCGGAGCGCAUCCGCAGCCUUCUGGAGAGGCAGGCCCGGGAGAUCGAGGCCUUCGACUCGGAGAGCAUGCGUCUGGGCUUCAGCAACAUGGUGCUGUCCAACCUCUCCUCCGAAGCCUUCAGCCACAGCUUCCCCGGGGCCCCCGGGAGCUGGGCCCACCACCAGUCGCACCACCACUCCGGCAGCACCCAGGGGCCGCACUGGGGGGGCGGGGGCGGAGGCGGAGGAGGAGGGGGAGGGGGGGUCGGCGGCGGCGGCCAUCACCACCACCACCCCAGUCAGGGAGGGGGGCCGUCGCAGCAGGCCUGGGGCCACGGCAUGCAGGGCGGGGGCCCGCAGCCCUGGGGCCACCCCUCCGCGGGGCCCGUGGGGGCUGUGCCGAGGCCGGGGGGGGGCGUGGGGGUGCGGAACAGUCCUCAGGCGCUCAGGAGGACGGCCUCAGGGGGGCGCGGUGAGCAGGGGAUGAGCAGGAGCACUAGCAUCGCCUCGCAGAUAUCCAACGGCUCGCACCUGUCCUACACAUAAGAGUCCUGCAGCUCCGGAGCAGGGUAGGGGGCCACAGGAGUCGGGGUGGACGGGGGGGGGGGCGACAGCGACGGGCUGAGCCCUCACUCUCCCACCCCCCACACACCUCUCUCUCUCUCUCUCUCUCUCUCUUUCUCUCUUUCCUCUUCUUCCUCUCCAACCCCUUCCCCCAUCACCCCGUAUACUCAUACACAGGGCUGUGUGUGUGUGUGACAAUAACAAGCGUCCCAGUGCAAUGUCUCCUCACACAGCAUUGUAUACAAGCACAUACAGAGUCACUGUGUAUCCCUGAACACACACACACACACACACACACA